GUGUGCUGCGGCAGGCUAACACACAAAAGUUGUAAAAGUUUCACUGCUGUGAAUGCAAUUGCCUGCGUGCAUGCUGUGAAAGUUAAGUCAAGACUUGCGAUUACAUAUAUUUGGUGAAAUGUAGUCUGGAAUAAAACAGCGGACAUGUUUUAAAGACAAGUUCACCCGUCUGUUUGAAAUGAAACGCAAGCAGAAAUUACCAAGACGUUUUCCCCAGUCAAGGGUGACUGAAGGCCAGACAUCUCUGAAACAUGACUUAAGUGAAAAAUCUGAGGUAAAACGUGUGAAGCGCGAACAGGAAAAGACUUCAUGUUGUAAUAGUGAACUUGAAAAUUCCAUGCUUGGUGAAUCUCCGGAUUCCUCGCAAGGGCAAUUGCUUCAAGGAAAAGAAAAUAUGAGAAAUUGUCAAACAUCUCAGCCUGCAAGUAGUUCGGAAGAACCUGAGCAGAAAAAGUCAAAUAAAACUAUAGAGAAGGGAGUUAAGACUAUGGAUAAGCCAAAACAUUUAAUGAUAAAGUUUAAACUGGACCGAUCUAAAAAUUCCUGGGUGAUUGCUCAUCCCGAAAUCGAAAAAGGUAAAUCUUCUGUAUCAAGUGCUCCACUUCAGCCUCGAUUGUCCUUACAUGAACGCCAGACGUCGAGAAAUCACGAAGAUAUCCGAGCUUUUGAAAGGCAUGUGCCGUACGCUGGUGAAAAUUUUUUCUCAAACGAAAAUUUUGGUGAUAUGCCUUAUAUUACUAAGGUAUUUUCACUCUCGAGCAAUUUCUAUGAAGAAAAUGUAGGUCAGAAAAACAUGGUAAAGCACGGAUUCUUUCCAGAAUGCAACAUUCAACAAUCAGGUGAAAAUUGUUGUAAACCAUUUUACCCCGGUAGUAUUGAUGAUUUCAACGAGAAAUACGAUGGAAUUGGAAAAAUCGCAAAACACAGUGAAGAAGCACAAUCACAAAGUGAUUAUCAAAUUACUGAAACAUGGAGUCAUUCAAAUCACACAAAACCUUUGAUGUUUUAUAAUAAGCCAAAUAACAGUGUUUCUCAAAUGAGUACGAAUGUGUUAACAUGGGAUGGGAACUGGCUUAAUAAACAAUCAAAACUGACUGGAAUAGAUCAACACUCUACUGGUUCUUCGUUAAAUACCAUGAAUAAUCCAGUCACUUUACAAGGACUUGCGUAUUCUCCGUUAUUACUUAUUUCUCAUAAGGUUGCUAAGGAGGGAUUGAUGGUGAACGGUCAAUUAAUAAAUCAAACUGGAUUUUCACAUCUUGAGGCGUUAAAGAGCGUUGAAACCGGCAAUUUUACAAGCAACGCCUCAGUAAGUCCAUAUUUAUGUAAACCUUUAUUGAGUGCUUCAAUACUCCAUAAUAUGAAGUUUAAGAAGACCGUGAGCAAUGAUGAUGAUGUAAAACAAAGUCUUUGAGUAGUUUGGACGAAAGUCGAUCUGAUGUUAUUUUAGAUGAUUUUCUACCAGAGUUCUUCAAAUCACAAAGCAAGUACAAUGGACUCGUUUGCAAUUCUUCAUUGUCCACUGAAGCUAGAGUGAGUAGUUUGGAUAAGAGUGUCUCUAUCUCACGUCGUCCCAAUAGAAUUUACAAUACUAGCUCCGCCAUGUCAGAAAAUUCGGGUUUUGUUCACGAUGGAGGUUAUGGCUCCAACGGAAUUUUUUCAAACUGCAGCAGUUGCUUGAUGGUAAAUGAUUCCUCGCAAUCAGAACUUGGUGAAAAAUGCUCCACAACGAUUACCAAGAAACGUUUGGUUGUUUCCGACGACCAAUUGUCCAAGAAACGUUUGGUUGUUUCCGACGACCAAUUGUCCAAGAAACGUUUGGUUGUUUCCGACGACCAAUUGUUGUUUUCUGAGAAUAACUUGAUAUGUUCCGAAGAUGAUCCUGUAUUUUACGAUGAUGAAUUGAAUCCCUUUGAAGAAUCCUGCACAAAUCCCAAAGAUCACUCAGUUUGUUCCAACAAUCAGUUGAUGUCUCCCACUGUGCAGAUAAAUCGUCCAGAAGGAGAAUUGUUUUGUCCAUCGUCAGUCCAUAACAGUGAAUUUUCCAAGAUGUCGCCACAUGAAGAUAAUCUAAAUUUUCAAAAAUUUUCGUACCGUGAUGCUAAUGUUCAGCGGUUAAAGCAAAAACUGGCGCACUACGAGGCAACUAUUGUGAAACUACGAGCAAACCAUCGAAUUGUUCCUCUCGUUUGACACACAAAGGAAGUAUAUCUUAUCUCUUUGAUCAUCCAGUUUAACUUACUUGGUACGUGGUACGUGUUGAAGCGUCUACGCUGACAUUUAAAACCGUAUGCUCAUUUUAAGGCUCCUUUCAAUUAGUUUAUCGAAUUGAAUGGUUUGAUGUUUUUGUCAAUGACGUUAUGUGGUAGCUAAUUAGCUGGGAUUGUGCGCAAUUUGACUGCCCCAACGUUUUCCUAUUGACUCGCUUUCCGGAUUAUUUUCUGAGUGGAAUGAAAUCAUGAAAGUUUAUUUUGUCACUGACGUUUUUUGAAAAGUUUUUUUGUAUUGUUUAGAAGCUAGAGUAUCACCUAUUUUGUUAUCGACACUUGAACCAAUUUGAGGUUCAAAAAAAACGUUUUUUAUACAUAUUUUUAAUAUUAUCGAUAAUUACGCAACAUUUUAAUGAGUCGUAUAUUUAAAACUGACUCUUAUAAUUGUAUACAUUUCACAUUUAAGGAAGAAGAGGUUUUAUAUAUUUUUUUAUACACAUUAAAUGCUUAUUAAAUCCAUGCACCAUUAAA